UAACAGCAUCAGUUCUGUGUGUGUGUCAGAGAGAGAGGGUGCGUCAGAGGAAAAAGGAAGUUGUGGCAAUAAAGUUAAAAGCCUUCAACACAGUGCAGCUCUGCAGAACACCCACCACGGAAGAAAAGCAGAGUGAGAGCGCCUAAGUCUGAAAAUGAGACCAUGAAAGGCAGACAGAGAAGUGAACAAAAGACAUAGAAGCGCCUGGAGAAGCUGCUGAAGGAAUUUAUUUCACAAUAUCUGGCCUCCCAUCCAACUCUCCGUCUGUCUCACUCAGCAAGGAAAGAUGGAGUUGUGGCGGCAGUGUGCGAUGUGGCUGAUUGAGUGCAGAGUUCUUCCUGAGAACCACCGGGUCACAUGGGAGGGCGCACAGGUGUGUGAUCUGGCUCAGGCUCUGAGAGAUGGUGUGCUGCUCUGCCAGUUACUCAACAACCUGCUGCCACAGGCUGUCAACUUGAGAGAGAUCAACCUGCGCCCACAGAUGUCUCAGUUUCUGUGCCUAAAAAAUAUCCGGACAUUCCUGGGAGUUUGCCAAGUGAGGUUUCACAUGAAAAAGAGUGAACUGUUUGAGGCCUUUGACCUGUUUGAUGUUCGAGACUUUGCAAAGGUUAUAGACACUCUGUCCACGUUAUCUCAUUCAUCCAUUGCCAUACAAAGAGGAUUCCAGCCUUUUCCUCUGGAAGAAUGUGCUCCUGAUGAUGAGAUCUACAGCGGCCUGUCUGACAAGAUAGAUGACACAGUGGAAGAAGAUGACGACUUGUACGACUUUGUGGAGGAUGAGGAGAAUGAAGGGGAUGAGAUCUAUGAAGACUUGAUGAGGACGGAUGAGCAUCCUGAAACUCAACAGAAAACAGGCGUAGACAAACGAGAGUGCUGCCUUCAGGAGAUCAGACAGACGGAAGAGAAAUACACAGAUACACUGGAAUCUAUAUUACAGCACUUUAUGAAACCACUUGAGAGGUUUCUCCAGGAUCAAGACAUCGACAGUAUCUUCAUCAACAUAGAGGAUUUAGCUGUUACCCAUCGUCAGCUUUUGGAAGAGGUCAGGACCUCCAUCCUACAUUAUGAAGCAAAGAAUCUCUACCAGGUGUUUCUGAGCUACAAGGAGAGACUCUUACUGUACGGCCGCUACUGUAGCGAGGUGGAAACGGCGACAAAACACCUCGACAAGCUUUCGAUUUCGAGGGAGGAUAUCAAAAUGAAACUGGAGGAGUGUUCAAAGAGAGCAAACAGUGGACGCUUUUCUCUGCGAGACUUACUCAUGGUCCCUUUGCAGAGGGUCCUCAAAUAUCACCUGCUGUUACAGGAGCUGGUGAAACACACCACUGACCCAACCGACAAGGACAACCUACGCACAGCUCUUGAUGCCAUGAGAGACUUGGCGCAGUGUGUGAACGAGGUGAAGCGAGACAAUGAGAUCAUCAGACAGAUCACCACCUUCCAGUUGUCCAUAGAAAACAUGUCUCAGUCUCUUGCUCUCUACGGUCGCCCAAAGAUUGAUGGAGAGCUGAAGAUCAGCAGCUCAGAGAAAAAGUCCAAACAGGACAGGUAUGCAUUCCUGUUUGACAAAGCCAUGUUUGUGUGUAAGAAGAAAGGGGGAGAGACUUUUGAGUUGAAGGAGAUCAUUGAGCUACAGCACUACCAGAUACGAGAUGAAAUCGCAGGAGAGAAGGACAAUAAAAAGUGGUCUUAUCUGUUCCUCCUGCUGGACUGUUAUGGGAAAUGUGGAUAUGAUUUAUUCUUCAAAACAAGAGAACUAAAGAAGAAGUGGCUGGAGCAGUUUCAGAUGGCUCUGUCAAACAUGUGUCCGGAGAAUUCCACAGCCAACAACCAUGACUUCCAGAUGCACUGCUUUGAUGAAACCACCUCCUGCAAAGCCUGCUCAAUGCUCCUGAGGGGUAUAUUUUUCCAGGGCUAUCGCUGCACUCGCUGUAAAAUGGCUGCACAUAAGGAGUGUUUAGGCAGAGUACCUGCCUGUGGACGAAACUCAGAUCAUGCUGGCAAGAAGAAUAAAACACAGAGAUCCUCAGGACACUCCAGUAUUGGAUUUCCUAAAAUGGAGGUGUGUCAGGAUUAUUAUGGUUUGCCUCCGCCUCCGGUUGGCUUCGGCCAGCCUCUUCACCUUUACAAAGGUGAUAUAAUUGAGCUGACCCGGGCUGAUGCUGACCUGUCGUGGUGGGAGGGAAGAAACCUAAGUAUGGGUCAAAUGGGAUGGUUCCCGUGCCAAAAGGUGCAGCCAUACGUCGCUAGGCUGACCGCUGACUUGUCUGGUUUCAACUGGUUUGCGGGGAACAUGGACAGAACUGCGGCGAAAAACCUGCUCAUAUCGCGCUCUGAUGGAACCUUCCUCGUGCGGCAGAAAGAUGGCGGAGAGUUUGCCAUUAGCAUCAAGUUCAACAUGGACAUCAGACACAUUAAGAUCACGACCACUGAAGGCCUGUUCCGCAUCAAUGAUAAGAAAGCAUUCAAGGGCUUAGUUGAGUUGAUUCAGUUUUACCAGAAAAACUCUCUGAAGGAGUAUUUCAAGGAUGUGGACACCACCCUGCGGAUGCCUUAUAAACAACCCGAGCAAAGCAACUCCUCUAACAACACGCAGAAUACCACACCAGGCGCCAGCAUGAAGAGUUUUGGCGUAGCGAGGGCCAGGUACGACUUUUCAGCGAGGGACCGCUCAGAGCUGUCACUGCGAGAGGGAGACACCAUCAAGAUCAUCUCCAAGAAAGGUCACAAUGGUUGGUGGAGAGGAGAAGUGUACGGCCGGGUGGGAUUGUUUCCAGCCAAUUAUGUGGAGGAGGAUUAUUCUGACUACUGCUGACGUGGCUCCAGUGAAGAUGAUAAAGGACCCACAGUGUAUAAGUAGGCGUCUACAAUACAUGACACGUGGUUUCCACUGAUUCCAUUUACCCAUAUGCAUGUGUCUGUGUGUGUAUGAGAGAAAAGCUGUUACCUGUGAUCUAAUGUGUGUCUAGUGAUGUGAAUAAAACUAUUUUUUCCCUCCAACA